AUGUUCUGCAUUGGUGGCGGUAUCCUUUUGGCUAUGCUUGUGCUGAUGGCUGCUGUCAUCUGUCUUUACUACAAAGUAGCCAACGCAUUGAAAGUUCCAAAGGUACCUAUUUGUUCGGCCUUAAAAAAUAAUCCAGCCAUGGUCACCCAGGACAAGGUCGCUGCGGCCAUCACCACUGGGUCUUAUCCCAACCUCCAAUGCUGUGAUGAAUGUAACUUGUAUGCUGGCUUUGAUGCCCUGCCACCAUGCUUCUGUGAUGCAAACGAGGGACUCUGA